AUGUUAACCUACAUUGAAAAACUGAACCCGGAGGCCUUUGCUAUUCUCGAUGGUCAAGACAGUCACGUUGUUCUCGCUCCUGAUCUCCCUACAUGGGAUGACAAUCAGCCUUCACAAUAUCGCAAGUCUCAUAGACAGCCCCAUCGUCUUCUUCGCCUCCCUGAUACAAAUUCCUUCCCAGUACAGGAGUCGCUGGUCCCCAUUCGGGCUGCGACAUGGCGCAUCUGCUGGCCAGAAAUUUGUCGUGGCACUUGCGCCUGUGUCGGUAUAUCAAUCCAUCCAAAUACUCCGGGUUCAUCAUUUGAUCGCUUGCUGUACUGGGAUCUCGCGCAUUGCUCCCCCAGCCGAUUAGAUGCUCAGACUCAGGUCAAUGGUCUACCAGCUGCUGACUUUACAAUGACUCUGGGAGUGCGUUGGACCGGUUGUCGACUUCUUGAAGCUUCACUGACCUACCACUUUGCUGAGCUGCCGCCGAGUGCGGCACGUACUCUCCGUCGAGAGGUUUGGUUGGAGCGUUUGGAUGUUCCCAGUGUGACGCUCUCUCCUUUCAUCUCCACUGCUUGGGGGUUCGCUGAAAUUGAAAUGCAGUUCGUAGGUUUUCUAAGACAUGAUAGUGAAGUUGAUGCGUGGUCAAAUCUGGAGCAGCGUGUUAAAGAUCUUCCAUUCCCAAAAAAUGUUCGAAAUCAAUUUCGUCUGUUCAAAAAAAGAGCCGAUUUCGGAAAACAGUGCAACUUCUUUGACCGUGCUUCCGAAAUCCAUGCAGACAUUCCUCCGAACCCGGAAUUAGCUGAACAAUUUAUACUUCGGAAUCCUGUUUCCCGUGGCAUCCAGCAUGCGAGUGAGAUGUCAGAACAUGAAGUCAACACGGAACGUGUCUUAUCAGAAGUCCGAGGGAUAAAUCACACUGAAGGUGGCUGGCCAAAAGAUGUUAAUCAUAACGAGCCGGAACAAGUUCAGAGGUACCGGAAAAAAAUCGAAAAAGACGAACUUUACGCAACCGCGCUCAAUACUUUGGCCAGUUCGGUUGAACAUUGUAUCAAGCAGAAUAAUGCGCUCAAUAUCUAUGAGGAAUAUUUUGAUGACACCGAAAAUGAUGCGUCAGAGGAACCUCCGUCAGCGAGGCUUGUAAAUGUUUUUCGCCCUGAAGCAGUUUUAAAGCGUGCAUAUUCUAUACUGGCUGCAAAAGGUCUUUGGGACCGUCGCAAGGGGUCCUUUCCAGUGGAAUCCUCGCCGGUGGAAAACAGCCACCGAGAUCCUGCUUGGCAAGUAAUCUGGAUUCAAUCCAAGACGGGGACUGAGUUCUUUUCCACCAGCACUGAUGGUCAAGUGCUGUGGUGGGAUGUACGCAAGAUGAACGAGCCCAUGGAGAUUCUUUAUUUGGAUCCAACAAAGAAUCAGGACCUAAACUGCUCCAUUGGUGCCUAUGCACUGGAAUACGAGCCCACUAUCCCCACCAAAUUCAUGGCUGGCACUGAACAGGGGAUGAUAAUUUCUUGCAAUAGGAAGGGAAAAUCGCCUGCUGAGAAGGUGGCGGCAGUGUUUCCUGGUCAUAAGGGUCCAGUUUAUGCCUUGCAAAGGAAUCCCUUCUUCACUAAGUUCUUCCUCUCUGUGGGUGACUGGUCAGCUCGCAUUUGGUCGGAGGAUAUGAAAGAUGAUCCCAUAAUGUGGACGCCCUAUCAUGAUUCUGGGGCUACUGAUGGAUGCUGGAGUCCAGUUCGACCAGCGUUAUUCUUCAUGACAAGAUUGAAUGGACAUCUAGAGCUGUGGGACUACGUCUUCAAGCAGCGCGAGCCAACGCUAAAUAUUAAGAUAUCAGAGGACUCACUUCACUGUGUCCGUGUCAACGAAGAGGGUCAACUAGUAGCUGUGGGCUCUCGUUCUGGGGUUACGACCAUCCUUGAACUGUCAGGAGGGUUUACUACUGCAGCAAAGAAUGAGAAGGCCACAGUAGGUGCCAUGUUUGAACGGGAGACGCAUCGAGAAAAAAUUCUCGAAACACGAGCCAAGGAACUCCGAGUGAAGGAGAAGCAGCGUGCCAUGGCAGAAGCUGCAGCUGCAGGUGGCCCAACUGCACCCACUCAAGGCUCACGACCUAUUGAAGUCCCCAUUGAAAAUGUAGAGAAAAAAGAAGUGACAGAUGGGGAGACGGCAGGGGAAAAGACUGAAGAUAAAGAAGAGAAGGAAAGGGAGGGAGAGGAAGAGGAAGAAGAGAAGGAGGCUUCGGUAGAAGAACUCUCUCCUGAGGAGCUUCUAAACAAAGUAGAAGAGGAUUUCUUUGACAUGAUUGAGGAGGAGCGUCGCAAACGUGAGCGCGAUAACAACGAACGUAGUCGAAGACUGGAGUCCUUAAACGGAGCAGGUGACGACGAUGAGGAGGAGGAGGAGGAGGACGAAGAAGAAGAGGACGAGACGGAGGCAGUAGCCACGGUGUUAGCGACGGCGGCGGCAAAUGAGCAUGAAGAUAAUGAGGAAGAUGCAAAUGAGAGUGAAGAAGAGCGUGAAGAGGAGACUGAAGGUGAGGACUUGGCGGCCGAUGCCAUUGAGGGUGCGGAACUCCCUAACCAUACAACUCCUGAAGGAAAUGAGGCUAUCGAGUUGUAUGAUAGCGUUGAACAGAACGAAGUUGGUCUGAAAAUUCCCGAUAGUAAAAACUAUACAGCCAUAACUCAAUUCUAUCCCUCUUCUACUUGCCAACUCAAUGGCGAUAUCCUCAAAAUAGAUGACGGUGAUGCUGAAAAGGGUUUGCACAGAUAA